AAGGGGCGGGGCCAAAGCCCAUCCGAAGAGAAAGAGCCUUUCUCUGGGCAGAAGGCGGAGGAAGGCAGGCGGGUGGGCUGCUCGUUGUGUUGCUCCGCAUUGAGGCGGGAUGAGCGCGGCGCCGGGGCUUCCCGGGGGUGGCGGAGGAGGAGGCGGAGCGGGGUCCGGCUUGCCGCCGCUGCCCAAGAGCCUGAGCGGGCUGCUGAACUCCUCGUCCAGCGGAGGCGGGGGCCGCUGGCGGGACCUGGAGCGGCUCUACGCCCAGAAGUCGCGCAUCCAGGACGAGCUGAGCCGCAGCGGCGGGGGCGGGCGGGGCUCUCCCAGGCCCCCCAAGCCCCCCAACUUGGACGCCGCUUUGGCCCUGCUCCGGAAAGAGAUGGUUGGCCUCCGGCAACUAGAUAUGUCAUUACUUUGUCAACUAUACUCCCUUUAUGAAUCAAUUCAAGAAUAUAAAGGUGCCUGCCAAGCUGUAUCAAGUGCAGACUGUGCAUAUGCCCUGGAAAAUGGCUUUUUCGAUGAAGAGGAGGAGUACUUCUAGGAACAGAGUCAAUCCCAAGAGCAGCGUGUGGAAGAGGUUUGCAAUUGUGAGAACAUCCACGUUUAAUCGGAGCUCUGAGCGCAGUCCUAUCUUGUGCUUAAGAAAAGACGCUCUGCUCCUUUGCAACCCAUUUAUUUCAGGCAUGCUGUCAAAUCAAGUUACACACUUUGUGAAUCCUGCUUUUGGAAAGCAACAUGCGACAACUUUCUGGAGCACACUCAAGCUUGUUCGACAGGCCGUGUCAGUAUAAUUUGUGCACUGGGUGUUUCUGGGCCUGCACAUGUUGGCAAAUAACUUUCCGAAAGCUCUGGCUUGGGAUCUUACAAGAAAACAAUGCCACCCCCGGAGUGUACUAAUAUAUACACCAGUAGCUAUAAUUAUAGAGGCCAUGUAGUUGUAAACACUGUGGAUCUUUUGAACAAGUGUGCUGGCUUUUUUAAGGACAUGUUUAAAACCCAGAUCAGUUGAACUGUUCUGUAUCUACUCCAAUAUGAUAUUGAAUAGACUUUGCAAUGUCUCACAUCACCUUAAAAGCAUCUUUUAUCACCCUUUUCUGACCUAAAAUUGACAUUUGUGAGUUUAGCCUUUCUCCCAAUGAUCCAACUCACUUUCCUUUUUAUUACAUGUUUAAUAAGCAAUUUAACUAUUUGAAACCAUUUAAAACAUUGUGUAUUUUUUCAGUGGACUCUUUGGAUCUGUGGGCUCUGGGUCCACGAUUUCCACCGACACAUGGAUCAUCACAUCUCAUAAGUAAAAUGUCGGUGGUGCAAACAUGGAUGCACUGAAACAUCUAUGCACUUGUUGUUGCCAUUUAAUAAUAUGAGAUGCAGUCAACUGCUUUUUCUAGUAGCCAUGGGGGGGGGGGGGAUGCAUCCCGGAACAGAGGCCCCACGGAUCUGGAAGCCCCACUGUAUUAAAAUACAGUAAAAGCAAAUCAGCCUGCCUCACUGUGUGGCUUUCAGUAUUGCAAGCUUACACAAGUAUUUUUUUUUUGCUGGUUGUUCAGAGGAAUUUUCAUAUAAACUGAGAAUUUUUUAUACUCUUUUAAAUGCUUGGAAAGUAAGCUGGAGUUUGUUUUGUACAAAUCAGAAGCAUGUACACAAAUGAUUUGUUUGGUAUUAUAUGCAACUUAGUUUUUUAUACCAUAAUUGAAAUGUCAAUCUUGAACUGUAAUUUAUUAAACUUUUGAAGAAAUAUAA